AUGAUCUCUGAGAAGGCUGCUACAGCUUUGGCCACUAUAGCCACAGUCUGCUGGUGUGUUCAGUUAAUUCCCCAAAUUAUCUAUAAUUGGAAAAAAAAAGAUUGUACUGGGCUGCCACCGUUAAUGAUGUUUCUUUGGGUUGUUUCUGGAAUUCCGUUUGCCAUAUAUUUCUGUGUCAGUAAAGGUAAUGUUAUUUUGCAAGUUCAACCACAUCUCUUUAUGUUCUUUUGUUCUAUAAGUUUUAUUCAAUCGUGUUAUUAUCCACCAGUCAGUAUGGCGAGAUCGAAAAUUUUAUUGAUUAUAGCUGUUGUUAUUGCGGCUGAUGUUGGCAUGGAAGUCGGUUUCAUAUUAUGGCUGAGACCUCUUUACGAGAAAGGUGUUAAGUGGCCCGAUUUAAUUUUUGGUAUUUCUGCUUCUGUUUUACUAGCUGUUGGAUUGCUUCCCCCCUACUUUGAACUAGCCAAAAGGAAGGGUCGUGUUAUCGGAAUCAACUUUGCUUUCUUGUUUAUCGAUUCGUUAGGAGCCUGGUUAUCCAUCAUCAGUGUCAUUCUGGGUAAUAUGGACAUUAUGGGCAUUAUACUAUAUUCUAUAGUUGCUGGAAUGGAGAUAGGGAUUUUCGUAUCUCACUUCAUAUGGUGGUGCAGGUUCAGAUUACUUUCAAAAAGUGAAAUUAUCGAUGAAGAGAAUAACCAAGUUCAAAAGGAAGAACAGGAGGAAAAAAUUGAAAAAAACAUCGGCAAAAAUGACCAAAAUGUUACCGACUAUAACUUGGACAAUAAUUCUACUCUCGAUGAUGUUUCAAGCUACGCAGACGAUUUAAACGAACAAAGUAGUGCAAACGAAGGAUCGUUGUUAAGAACUCAAACUUUGCAUGCUGUCCAUGGAGUUGUGGUUAGAACGGAUUCAGAUGGUUAUUCCAAGCUAAGUGUAUAG